AUGGAUGCGCAUGAAAAUAGCCACACAAUGAGUAUCUAUGAUACAAUAGAACACGAUAUGCGCCACUCAAAAGAGUAUUUGGCAAACAUCAAGUUCAACUUCAUAGAGGUUCUUCACAAGUCAAUAUUUCUUAAGAGACUGCGGGGCCAGGAGGAAAGCGAGGGCACGGGAUGCAAGGAGGCGCUUGUGGGGGCAAAGAAGCAGAUAGAGGAUCUUAGAAAGCAGUUCGAAAAAACAUCGCACGACGUGGCGUUUUUGCGCGGCGAGGCGGAGAAGCACGAGAGCAUGCUGCGCACAACAAAAGAAAAAGAGAUGAUUUUGAAGAAGCGAAUUGACGAAAUUACACAGACAGAGAAAACACUCAGCGCGUUUUCUGAGAUAAAAAAAGACCACGAAGUGCGGGCGGAGUCCAUUCGAAAGCUGCGGCUGAAAAUUGAGGAUGCGGAAAACAAGGUGAAGGCGUGCAGGCAGGCGACGGAUGCGAAGGACGUGGUGCGGGAGUCGCUUGUCCUGCAGAAAACAGACCUGCAGGCCCGGCUCAAGGACCUGCAGCAAACAGCAAACCAGCAGCUGGUGUAUCAGUAUAACUGGCACAAGCAGUUUGUGAGCGUGUUCUAUAAGCUGGUGGGGAUUCGGGUCAUUGAUGUGCGGCAGAACGUGCACAAGCACCAGGAAACAACAUACAGCAGCGCAGAAAACCGAGAGCAGAAAAAGAAGGAAGACAUCAAUGAAAUUAGCAUAAAGCUACUAGCAAAGAGGGAUGAAAGAACGGUUGUAAUAACUCUUAUAUUUGUGGACGACAAAAUACACAGCUACACCGUGCAUAAAACAGAGGGGGUGGCGCAGAUUGAGCCGCUGCAAUGCGAUCUGCUCUUUGAGUAUUGCAAGAAGAUGAACAGCAUAAAACACUUUAUAUUUGAAAGCUUCCACCAGCAGCUCUCUUCGCGGUAG